UCGUUCCAAAAUGGCACGUCUUGCGUGAAAUCAACAAAUCGGUCAUCGAUUUAAUGUAUUUUUCUGUUUUGUUUACUUAGUUAGCUUCUCUGACUUUAAAAAUCACACCCUAGUUGACACAGUACUAAUACAAUGAUGAUCAUAGGCAACUUUAUUUUAACUUGUGUUUAGUUCUGGGACUGCAAAAAUGAUUUUACCUGUCAAUAAAAUGUCAUUUAUAUCCUUAAGGAGGCGCUAGUGUAAUAUUUUUAAGUACAAAACUGAAUAAAUAAGUAUCUAAUAGAUGACAGCGGGUGGUCUGGAGUCUGCAUGAAUACGCUUGGCGUUUUCCAAGUUGACUGCAGCUCGCGCAGAGCCACUGGAGGCAGUCGAACAUCACAUCUCGAGCUCAACAGGAGAAGACAACAGCAAAGUCUGCACACAUACAAACAGCCCCAAGUCCGCGCGUACUUCAACACGAGGAUUUCUCUCCGCGUUCAUGGAUACUCCCACAUUCACAUGUCAUCUCCACAGCAUCUUCAGCCAUGAAACGCGCGUAGACUUUAAAUCGCUUCUCCCGCGCGCAGACAAGGACAGAGAGAAGAGACGUGCGUACUGUCCAAACUAACUGCAAAGACGCAGGAUGGCUAAAGAGACCAGAGGGAAAGCGAACCUCCGCAAGCACAGUGCUUCUCACUGGCGCAUGCAGAACAUCGCACAGGAAUCUGUUGACAGCUCGGAUGAUGAGUUUUUUGAUGCCAGAGAGGUGCUGGAGGGGAAGACGGCCAUGCUUUUGGGGAUGAGUCAGUGGAACUCUAAUGAUCUCGUUGAGCAGAUUGAAACAAUGGGACACAUCGACCAAACACAGGAGAGUCUGUACCGUGUAAGGAGGACAAAAUGUAUCCCUCAGACUAGCAUUGACGGCCUAGAGGAAGCUGAGAAAUGUCAAACGCAUGUGCUGGUGUUGGUGGUUCACGGGGGGAACAUUCUGGACCCGGCGGGUGGAGAGCCUGGAGCAAAGACCACAGAUGUAAACACGUUGUCUUCAGUCCUGGAGAAAGUAUCUCAAGCUCAUUUUCAAGCUGCAGCCCAGCAUGUGGUCAUUAAGUUGGUGCCAUGCCCAGCCGUAUGCGCAGAGGCCUUCUGUCUUGUGUCAAAUCUGAACCCAUACAGCUACGAUGAGAGUUGUGUGUCAAGCAGCGUGGACCAUCUACCUCUGGCCGCUUUACCGCUGCUCGCCAUAGCUGCUCCACACUACCAAGAUGCCGUCGCAACCGUGAUCGCCCGAGCCAACCAGGUGUACCACAGAUUUCUGCAGUCUCCAGAGGGACAGGGAUUCACUGGCCAGGUGUGUUUGUUGGGUGACUGCGUGGGAGGUGUGCUGUGUUUCGACGCUCUCUGUUUCAGCAACAGCCCACGACACAGCAGCCCCAUCCAUAGCAGUCGACACAACAGCACAGAGAGCUUAAAGGAUAACCCUGACGUCAGUCCGAGCCUGAGCUCCAGCAAACGCCUUAGCAGGAGCAACAUCGACUUAUCUGCGCCCAGCGAGACCCGCAACAGGAAAACUCCACUCAGCCGCAAACAGAGCGAUUCGUAUGAUGGAGACUCUGGAGGUCAACACCAUCCGUUCCUCAGCAGUCUGAUACAGGACGGAGCAGACUUAAGACCAAACAGCAGCACCAGUUUAGUGCUAAAUCCAGGACGCUUUGACUUUGAAGUGUCGGAUUGUUUUCUGCUGGGUUGUCCUCUUGGAUUGGUGCUGGCCAUGAGACGCACUGUACUUCCUGCUGUCCAGGUGUCUCAGCUCCGGCCAGCAUGUUCGCAGAUCUUCAACCUGUUUUACCCCUCGGACCCAUCGGCGUCCAGACUGGAGCCUUUGCUUCACUCCCAAUUCCACAAACUGCCUCCGUUCCCGGUUCCCCGAUACCAGCGCUACCCUUUGGGAGAUGGACGCUCCAACCUUAUCGCCGAUGAAAUCCCCAGCUACCCUGACGCAUUCCUGCCUGGAAGUGUGGUUCCAGUGGGCGUCCUGCAGCCCUCGUCUCCGCAGACAGAGCGCACCGCAGGUGUACGGGUGGGUGGCGAGGUCCGCAGGUCCAGUUUGACCAGCAUGGACAGUCAAUCAUCAGGCUGCCUGGAGAGCAGGCUGAGCAGCACCAUUGCCAACAUCUCCAGCAGCUGGUGGGGGUCUAAGCGGUUGGAUUAUGCUCUUUACUGCCCAGACGUCCUGACAUCUUUCCCCACGGUGGCUCUGCCUCACCUGUUCCAUGCGUCCUACUGGGAAUCUACUGAUGUUGUCGCCUUCCUUCUGCGACAGGUGAUGCACUGCGAUUAUGUGAAAGCCCAAGAGAUGGACAACUGUGACUCGGCCCCCUUCUCUCCUUCAAGUCCCAGAGAGAAGUGGCUCCGCAGACGUACACACGUCAAACUUAGGAACGUUACUGCAAACCAUAGAGUUAAUGAUGUCAUCGCAACUGAAGAUGGCCACCAGACCCUGGUCGGUCGCUUCAUGUAUGGCCCGCUGGAUAUGGUGACCCUGACAGGGGAAAAGGUCGAUGUGUACGUGAUGACCCAGCCACAGUCAAGUCGCUGGGUGCACUUAGACACAGAGGUGACCAACAGCAGUGGCAGAGUGACCUACACCAUCCCCAAAAGCAAAAAGCUAGCCGUGGGGGUGUACCCCAUUAAAAUGGUCGUCAAGGGCGACCAGACGAGCGGUGAGGCCUUCCUGACGGUUUUGCCUCGGGGGAUGGAGUGUGUCGUCUUUAGCAUCGACGGUUCAUUCGCCGCCAGCGUCUCCAUUAUGGGCAGCGACCCCAAAGUACGGCCUGGAGCUGUGGAUGUGGUCAGGCACUGGCAGGACCUGGGCUACCUGAUCAUAUAUAUUACAGGCCGUCCAGACAUGCAGAAGCAGAGGGUUGUGUCCUGGCUUUCUCAACACAACUUCCCCCAAGGGAUGAUCUUCUUCUCUGAAGGGCUUGUGCAUGACCCACUUCGCCAGAAAACUAUCUUCCUCAGGAACCUGAUGCAAGAGUGUCACAUUAAAAUCAACUGCGCUUACGGCUCCAUGAAGGACAUUUCAGUCUACAGCAUACUGGGCCUCAGCCCCAACCAGAUAUAUAUAGUGGGACGGCCCUCCAAGAAGUACCAGAAUCAGUGCCAGUUCCUGAGUGAGGGCUAUGCGGUUCACCUUUCCUCCCUGCAGUUCAGUCACAGAGCUCGUCCCAAGAAGAGCUCAUCGGUGCGAAUGGUGCUUCGAAAGGGCUCAUUCGGUUUGUCGGCUAAACCAGACUUUCUGUGUAAGCGAACGCACCUUCGCCGCACCAUGUCAGUACAACAGCCUGAUCCACCCAUGACUCCAAACCCUAAACCGGAGCGGGCACAGAGUCAACCUGAGACAGAUAAAGACCAUGGAGGUGGAGGGGGUCCAAGUCAUGCCUUGUGGGCACGGGGGUCCAUGCACCGUGGCGACACCACUCCCUGACCCAUCAAAAACAUUGAAGCAAUGGAAAAAGACAGAUCGGUGGACAGUGCCCAGCAUCUUUACUCCUUCUGCUGAUAUCACACCAUAGAAGAUGAAAAAAAAUCCCACCUGAGCUGUUU